CAUUGCGAAAUGUCAGUUGCCUGCACAAUUGUUUACUUCGCAUCCAAAGUUAAAAUUUCAAAUGGCUAGAGUGAACGCAUUCCUGCCUUCACCAGACGCGUACUACGCGAUCUUGCAAGAACGUGCGGACGAGGCAGAAUCCCAGCGUCAUAAGAGAUUCCUAGCCGUGGUGCUACUGCAGCGAAUGGUUCGAGGCUACUUGAUUAGGAAGCAUAUUGCGUGGUUGUCCAAGAAGGCUACUAUUAUCCAGCGCGCAUUCAGAAUAUACCUGGCCCGGAAAACGUAUAUGGCAGCCUUGCGUCGAGCUGUGCGGCAGAAACAUGGGAGAUACUACGACAAAGCUGCUACUAGGAUACAGGCUCUAUGGCGUGGUCACUAUUCAAGACACACCAAAUUCUGCUACCGCCGCUACCGCCGCUGGCUGGCCACCGUGACUGAGAGAGGGGAGCGUCGCGCUGCCGAGGCCUUGGAGUUUGGCCUCAUCAGCAGAGCUGACAACCUCAGGAUCCUCGAGGAGGAAGCAAGGAAAUGGCUUGCCUUUGUCGUAUUCAAACUGCAUCACCUCCUUAGAACCUUAAGCCGCGCAGGCGUCUAUUCUGACCCAGCUACAACAGAACUAACGCAAUUUGAAAAACUUUUGAAAUCAAUUCACUACAAGCAGUAUAUGAAGAGAUUGAAACUGAAAUAUGACGAAUUUGUCAGAAAACAUCGUCCGAAUUUCUCUAAUAAGAGGCUUUUCCCUAUUAUUGGAGAUGGAGCCGAGUACUGGUAUUUGUCUUUGCCCGAAAUGUAUGAGUUGACCAGUCCAGUGCCCAAGCCUCCCGAUUACCGGCAUUCGCAAUUGCAUCACGGGUCUAUACACAAGGAGCCUUUUUUGUGGAGGAAAGUAAGGCCUCCGACAGCCUUUGUUGAUAGAGGGCCCUUUAUGCCUAAGUCGCCGGUGAGGUCCAAGAUGCCAGUGGCACCAGCGCCGACUCCUGCAGAGGCAGGAGAUGCUGGGCCUCAAAAAGACCCUAGGUUCCACUUGUAUGUUCAACAUUAUACUCCUCAACCGAAACUAAUGGAUUACGUAGAUUUCCAUAUCAACCUUCUGACGAAUCGAAAAAGUUCGAUACAACACGUGAACGACGAAUAA